GUUCUUAACCUACGCGCGACACAUCACAGAAGAAACCUCGAGCUUUCGUCCGUGUUUACAGACCCUAAAAAAACAUUAAUUGACCGACAUUUGGAUGGUCGCUUGACUUCCUCGGAGAUCUGCGAACGCAAUGGAGUCAGUCAGUGGCGAGGAUGCAGGUGAAACGGAAACAAUCAAUGUGCAAAGCCUGUACGCUACGCUCGGCCUGUCCCAGGAAGACGUGGACGCCCUCGCUCAGAUUCCGGAAAGCGAGAUCAGCGUGGAGACUCUCCCUUAUCUAAUUAUGCAGCUCAAGGCGAAGCGGGCCAAUAAGAUAUCGGCUGCCACAGACACUGACUACAGAAACAAACCCAGAAAUUCACAGGAAAAGCUGGACACACCCGAGAGCCGCACCGGUGACGGGCGGAAAAGCCCCCCGCCUUCCAGCUCAAGACGCUGUGGCAGCUAUGACCAUGAGCAUUAUGGGAAAGGAGAGGGGCAUCGCUCCACAGGUGAAAAAAGGGACUCGAGAUGCAGGAUGUCAUCCCACGAAAGACAAAGCGGGGAUGAUGUGGCCGUGGAGGCGGAAGUGGCCGGCGUCCCCACAGAGUUUCCACACAAAUGCUCCCUCUGCAAGUGUGUGGUGAAUUCCUUAAAGACAUGGAAAGAACAUCUUCUAGGUGUCCGUCACAAAAAACGGGAAUCCUCGCAAAGUUCUCGCUCUUCUCAGCCUCCUAAAAGACCCUACAGCUCACACCCCGUCCCAGGUGAUCCGUCGCAAUCCACCACAUUGGACCAUUUUCACCCUCCGAAGCCCAAAACCAGAGUUGUAGUCGCCAAGUUUCCUAUGGGCGCUGUGUCCGUGGAGGAGCUUUUGGUGCUCGGAAGGCCGUUUGGCACAAUCAUCAAACACUUGGUGUUCCCUGCGAAGGGUUUUUUGGAGUUUAGUUCCCACAAAGAGGCUCAGAGCAUGAUCAGUCACUACCAGAUGAAACCUGCUUUCGUCAAAGAGAACCGAGUCACUCUGUAUUUAUCACCGACAGUGGAGGGCGUCCACUCACCACCCAAGUUCGACGAGCCUUUGCCAAAGCGAGCUAAACGUCCGACCCCGCCUACUGUGGUUUGCUUCUCACAUUUGCCUCCCGGAGAUGUCGAGGACGAGGUCCUGAAGCUCGUAGUGAUGUUCGGCAGGGUGCGGCAGUCUAAAUUCAUGGACUGUAAGGCUUUGGUCGAGAUGGUUAACUGGCGGGAUGCAGACAUCAUGGUGAAGUAUUACUACAUCAACCCGCUGAGGAUGCAAGGCAAAAGCGUCAAAGUCAACAUGACCAACAUCACAAGUCUGCACAAGGAGAGCAGCCCAGAUCGUCCGUCCAGGAAAUCUGAUUCCAGCACCAGCAGCAAAUCGAGAGACGAGUCCUCCAACAGCAAGGAGAAAGGUGACGGCUCCAGCCAGGACCUCACACAAAAAGACGAAGAAGAGAGGAUGCUGGAGGACGAAGAGGGCAUUCAGAUGGAGGAUGAACCUGGACUGCUUGAUGACACAGCGGAUGAUGUCAUGACGCAGACGGAAGACGAGAAGAUUAAGACGGAGGGGGGGGAGCCUGCUGCUGAGGAAGAGAGAGAGGAGAAUAGAGCAAGAGGUCUAGAGGAACAUCCAGACGAACAGGAUGGUUUCGACGAUACGGAAUUCCCAGAAAACUUUGAGGAUUUCGUGACAUUAGAUGAGCUGGACGGCACAGCGGGCGAAGCGGCUUUAGAUUCAUCAGAGCCAAAGAAAGGUAAAGUGGUGGUGGUGUGGCCCGUCAGAAAGACCCCGGACCUGUUGAAGGAGCUCUGCAGACUCUGUGCACCCUUUGGGCGUAUAGUCAAGCAUACUGCCUCUGUGUACAGACAGGAGGCCAUGAUCGAACUGGAAACAGAGGAGACAGCUGAAGAAAUGGUGCGGUACUACAAAGAGCACAAAGCCACCCUGUGGGGGAUACCUGUGUCCAUUUCCAUGUCUUUUACCAUGAAGACAAUUGAGAGCCCUAGCGGGAGAUCCAUUUUCAUCAGCUGUCUUCCUACUGUGGCACCCGCGCAGCAGAGAUACACGCACAUGAACAUCUUUCAUCUUGUCAAGUCCUUCGGAACGCUGACUGGUUACUUUCUUAACAAGAAAGUGGGAACUUGUUACAUACAGUUCGAAAAGGCAAAAUCAGCUGAGAAGAUUGUUUCAUAUUACAUGCGCAGGCCUUGCAAAUUUUGGGGUUCGUUGCUAAAGGUCGACAUAUGCAGGAAAGGAGACUCACUGAUUCGCUGGAGAACACUCGAGCUCUAUUCACUCGUUUAUAAGAAGAAACAAAAACCCGUCAACCCUGUCAAGACAGAAAGAGAGCAGGCAAACAAGAACGCCACAAAUAAGAGCAACAACAGCUCUGCGGCAGAUUGUGAAGGUGUGUGUGGCGAUCCCGCGUGUGAAGAAAAAGCUUCGGAAGACACCGAUGAGCAAGACAAAAGCCCGCUGGAUCCAUAUGAACCCGAACACGCUGUGGGUGUGAAUUACGUCAUUCCAGUUACGGGCUUCUUCUGCAAGCUGUGUAAUGUUUUCUACAGCGAUGAGAAGAAAGCAAAAUCAGAGCACUGCAAAAGCCUUGACCAUUACAACAACCUCAAGGUCAAACGUGGUGAAGCGGCGGAGCAGACUGAUGCACAACCAGACCAGACCAUCGAGUAAACAGAAGCAAGACGAUGUACUUGGAUUCCUUUUUUUUCUCAUUCUCGUUAGUUUCCUAGAUUUACUGUUUAAAUGUUUGUUUUUGACGCAUCUUGACAUAAAACAAUAUGAUGAGUUUGUACAACAACAAAAAACACAAAUAUUACCGUUUGUGUGAUGGUCAGGUAUGUUUACUGUCACCUGUGUAUCACAGUGGGCACAUUUGCUUUUAUCACAUUAAAAUGAACAUGUGACCAUCAGAAGUGAUGCAAGACUGUUGAUAUCAUUGUGUGUGAAGAUGACGCGUGUGCGUGCGUGACAUCAUAUCACUGAUUAUCAUUUUAAAAUCGACAUAAAAUGAGAAUGUGCCCAUUUGCUUUCAACACAUUUUUGGCUUUGUAAAUGUCCCAUCCUUUUUUCAAAAUACUUUUGACCUUGCAUUCUUUAAUCAAUGUGUAAAUAAUGUCUGGAUCACGUCGACUUUAAAUGGAUAAAACCUGAUUAUAUUCGCUGUA